AUGGCAUUGAUGAAAUGUCUGGAAGUCAACAGUCAACAUAAAUUGCUGGAUCAAAUCUUCACCUUGCAGGAAAGGACCCAGAGGGUCAAGUUUUUUGCGACCUCACGCCCUCUUCCAGAAAUUGAAGCACGAUUCAAGGAGAAUGGGAUUUUCCGUAUUGAGAUUCAAGCGGAUCAACAGGAUUUAGCUCUUUAUGUGAAGGGGCGUCUACGUGGAAUGCCCCUCUUUGUGCGCGAGAGGAAGAUACUUCAAGAUGAGGUGAAGGAGAAGAUUACCAAAAAUACAGGAGGAAUGUUUCUGCUUGUUGAAUUGCGACUCAACACUUUGGAAUCGACAACGUCUGCACCAAUGUUUCGAUGGAAGCUAAGACAAUUAAAAUAUGGAUCCGAGAGAUGCGAGCAUCUCUAUGAAGAGACCAUGAGAAAAAUCACUCAUGAGAGCGGUCUCCGUGGUCAAGCUUUAAAUGUUGCUCGGAGCGCAAUAUUCUGGGUUUUGUGGUCCAGAAGGGAGUUGACCAUACACGAGAUACAACAUGCGAUUGCUGUCACUCCCGGUCGCCGUGCGAUAAGAAGGAAUGACAUCAGUGAUAGCAAUUAUAUUCUCUCUCUCUGUGGCGGUCUUCUGCAAAUGGGGACUGCUAGCAAGAAUGUGGAAUUCGUCCACUCCACCGCUCGAAAGUACUUCGAGGAAACCUAUUCUCAUUGGUUUCCUGGGGCCAGAGACAGUAUUUUGAAGACGUGCAUCACGUAUCUGUCUUUCCCAGUCUUCGAAGGAGUAUGCAAGGAUGAAAUUGAGCUUCAAGAAAGACUCAAUGAACAUCCACUGUAUGCCUAUGCAGCACAAAAUUGGGGACACUAUGCUCGUGAAUGCUCGAGCUAUCUCGCAGGAGAUAUUAAAGCCUUUCUAGCACUUGAAGAAAAGAUCGACGCAUGCAGUCAGGUAAUGAUGUUGUUUAGUUCAAAUAUAACAGACCUGUAUUCGUCACGACAAAUGCGUGCACCUCAUUUGGUGGCAUAUUUUGGGCUUUCUGAUAUCGCGAAGAGCAGGGCGUUGAGUCUUCAUCCUCAUGUCAAUUCCCCAGAUGCAGAUGGAAGAACACCGAUUCUUUGGGCUGCACGAAAUGGGCAUAUCAAAUCUGUUAGAAGGUUUCUCCAUAUGCGGAAUGUUCAUCCCAACUUGCAAGACAAGGAUGGACGAACGGCAUUUUGGUGGGCUGCAGCUAAAGGUCAUACCGCUGUACUCAAAGAGCUGUUGGCGAAUGACCAUAUCGAAGUUCACCAUGAAGAUGUUGAACAGCGGAAUGCAUUGACUCGGGCUGUCAUGAAUGGCCGAAAAGAAGUCGUUCAACUACUCGUUGCCAAAUGCCAAUUUGAUGUCAGCUCCCAGGAUAAAAAGCGUCGCACAGUCCUAUGGUGGGCGGCAGCCAAGGGGCAUGGAACUAUGCUCCAACAGCUACUUCCGCUAUGCGACAAGAUGACAGUUAAUAUGAAAGACGAACAUGGAUGGGAUGCAUUAACCCGUGCGGUGUACCGAGGUCAUCGACAUGCUGUUCAAGUCCUUCUUGCAAGCGACACUGUCAAUCCUGAUCAUAGUGGCAAAGAUCAAACACCGUGGUGGUGGGCAAUGAAGAACAACAACAUCACUAUGGCAAGGGCAUUGAUGAAUGCGCCUGGGAAAAAAAGAGUUGACGCCAAUACCAUGUGUGUUGGCAAGCGAACAGCGCUAUCUUGGGCAGCAGGUAUGGGGUUUGAAGAAAUUGUGCGUGAACUGCUUGAUCGCAAUCCUGAAGCCAUCCUUGUUGAUGCAAACAAAAGAACAAGACAGCCGCUCUCCUGGGCGGCCGCUGGGGGUCGCGAGUCUGUGGUUAAAUUGCUAUUGGAAACACAGGAUGUCAAUCCGAACCAAGCUGACACCAAGAAUCGCACGCCACUCUGGUGGGCCAUUGCCAACAACAAGGUCGCCAUAGUUCAACUCCUUUUGGAUGCUUCUGGAGUAGAGUUCAAUAAAAAGGACGAUGCGGGACAAACGCCGUUGUCAUUAAGCGCUGGUUUGGGGCAUUCUGAGAUUGUUCAAAAGCUACUAUUGUAUCGAGGGCGUCUUGAAAUAGAUGCCAACUCCACGGACAAGCAUUACCAGACACCGCUCUCAAUGGCUGCAAGAAAUGGCAGACAAAAUUCCGUCGAACAGCUCCUCGGGGUCGAUGUUGUAGAUCCAGAUGCAAGAGACAACUUCCAGCGCACACCACUCAUGUGGGCCAUCAUAAAGGGUCAUUUCCACGUGGCAGAGGUACUGAUAUUGGGCGAAAAGAGAAUCGUCAAGCUUGAUUCGGUAGACCGGAAACGUCGCUCAGCCUUGUUCUGGGCAGCGUGGGCUGGGGAUGCAGCCACCAUCUCACUUCUUUCAGGCCGCCAAGGGGUGAAUUGCAAUGAACGGGAUAGAUCUGGAGAUACGCCCUUGUCAAUUGCGAUAAAGAGGGGUUACAGCACAAGUGCUGUUCAACUUCUCAAAAGUUACGGGGAUAUCGAGAUCAAUGCUUUAUAUGAAAAUGGACUGACCCCGUUACACCUCGCUGCGCAGCAUGAUGAUGGUGAAACGACUGACUUGCUUCUGAAAAAAGGGGCCGAGUUGGACGGAUGUGAUAAGUUUGGUCGCACACCUUUGUUCUUAGCAUGUGGAGUUCAAGGUAGGCUUCUGGAGACUGGUUCAAGAUUAUCAGCCAAUGUCAAACCCCUGUUCAGGGAACGGUAUUCAGCACUUUUCUGGCUAUGUUUCAACAAUGCGAAUGUGCAUCACAAAACCAAGAAAGGCUGGACGCCUCUACACAAUGCAUGCAGCAAGGGAGAUUCCGCCGCGGUUAUUUGGCUCUUGGACGAUGGGGCUGAAAUUGUCAAUCAGGAUACACUACCAGAAGUGCCACAGCCCCUCGCAUUAGCUUCACAGCAUGGGGACCUGGAAUUUAUGAAAGAGUUACUCAAGCUUCCAGUGGCUCAAAGGAUGGAUUCACUCUUAAUUCCUCUACUGGAGGAGGCAUUGAGGAUUGCAUCAGUUAACUCCCAUACUAAGGUACACCAAUUGCUUCAGAAUCAUAUCACCGAGCAUUCUACAAUCCAGAACAGACUUGGCUGUCUUGAGGAAGGGCAUCUUCCGCGGAAACCACCAAGCAAAAUUGGCGCCUUUAUGGAUCAAGAUCAAGAGUUAUUCCUAUCGCAAGCAGUGGCAGUAGACCAAGGCCCAAAUUCUAUUUGGCGGAACGAAGAACCCCCUACAGGAGGAAAUAAGGAAUACCGGAGUUCCAUUGCUGUCGAUAACUACGAAGUACCUGUGCGAGCUAGAAGAAGACGUCGGAAAAGGGCUCCCAUCAACCCGAAGUCGUCCUGGAAGGAUAGAAUCAAAGCAAGACUG